AUGAACGUUACACGUCUAUAUGCUCGCACUGGCGCAGCAGUGCAAAUACUACCAACACAGACUUCCCGUUCUCUCCUAAAUAGCCGCCUCAACCUCCGAAGCUACGCCACCAGCGCGCCACCCGCUCCAGGACAUCAUCCCCACAACAACAGAGUCUGCCGUCGGUCUUCCAGUUGUAUUUUGGAUGUCAGCGCGACGUCCGAACCCGAGACCAAUCGGUACCUUUGA